GUCCUCAGAUCCUUUUCCAACCAAAACAAAAAGAAGAAGUUGAAGAAGAAGAAGAAGAUGAAGAUCACUGUAAUGAGCACCAACGAUAACAUCGUCACCUUAGACGUCGACCCUCAUGAAACUGUUGAAAAUGUGAAAGCUUUACUCGAGGUUGAGACUCAUGUGCCGCUACAGCAGCAGCAGUUGCUUUACAAUGGGAGGGAGAUAAGGAAUUCUGAUAAGCUGAGUGGUGUGGGUGUUAAAGAUGAUGAUUUGUUGAUGAUGGUACCGAAUGCUGCAUCUGGUGGCACUGCCUCCUCCAAUGGGUUGGGCAUGAAUCCAGAUGGCUCUGCUGCAAACCCCGAAGCUUUCCAGAGGCACAUUCGAAGUGAUUCCAAUAUGAUGGCACAACUGUUUCAGAGCGAUCCUGAUUUAGCACAAGCUAUUUCUGGGGACAAUAUCAAUCGACUGCAGGAGCUUUUACGAGAUCGUCAUCGCCAAAGAUCUGACAUGCGGCGUCAACAAGAUGAGGAGCUUGCCCUUCUUUAUGCUGAUCCCUUUGAUGUCGAAGCCCAAAAGAAAAUUGAAGCUGCUAUACAGCAGAAAGGAAUUGAUGAAAAUUGGGCAGCUGCCCUGGAACAUAACCCAGAAGCUUUUGCUAGGGUGGUUAUGUUGUAUGUUGACAUGGAGGUCAAUGGAGUACCUUUAAAGGCAUUUGUUGAUAGUGGAGCACAGUCAACAAUUAUAUCAAAAAGCUGUGCCGAGCGUUGUGGGUUGUUGAGGCUUUUAGAUCGACGUUACAAGGGCAUUGCUCUUGGUGUUGGUCAAUCCGAGAUAUUGGGCAAAAUACAUGUAGCUCCAAUAAAGAUUGGGAAUAUAUUUUAUCAUUGUUCUUUCAUGGUUCUCGAUCAACCAAAUAUGGAGUUCCUUUUUGGACUGGAUAUGCUGCGUAAGCACCAGUGCAGUAUAGAUUUGAAGGAUAAUGUUUUGAGAGUGGGUGGAGGGGAGGUUGCUGUACCAUUUUUGCAAGAAAAAGACAUACCAUCACAUUUCCUGGAUGAACAAAGGCUUGCCAAAGAAGCAUCCAGCUCCGGAGCCGGGGGGACAUCAGGAACAGCGGAUGGGAGCAAAAAUGCAUCACCAGGAGCCCAGUCUUCAGGAGGUGCUCAUGGUGGCACUACUCAGGGAUCUGAUUUCGAAAGCAAAAUUUCGAAGCUGGUUGAGCUUGGAUUUGGAAGAGAAGCAGUCAUAGAAGCUCUCAAGUUAUGCAAUGGAAAUGAGGAUCAAGCAGCUGGAUUUCUUUUCGGGGGCUAAAUUAUUCUAGCUCAUUUUUUAUAGCAUUUUUUUUUUCCUUGAAUUAUGUUUCCAUUGGAAUUUCAUUUAAAAGUCAAAUUGUUGAUAACACUAAACUCUUUUUAAAUAUAAAUUGUUGAUAACAUUAAACUUUA